GUUUACACAACACUGUCAUUUUCAGAGCAGCGCCGGGGAACGGCUGACUCGCAAACUAGGUCAUUAAACAGCUUAACUUACCUUUCACGGGGUAAAUUAUGUCUGUGAAACAUGCUAUUAGCCGUGGACUCGAGUUGGGCCGGUCGGUCUUUCAGCUGGGUCUCCUAAAAUCUGCUGGCCGAGUCGCAGCAAAGCUCCGAGCUGACCGCCUCCGUGUGGGCCCGUCGGUCCGCACCGUUCAGCCUCAGGCUUUCCUGCCGUCUCGGUACCGCUACUACCGCACCUCUCUGAAGGGCCUGGCAGCUCAGCUCCAGUCCGCCAGCUUCAGGAGGAGAUUCAUCGGCGGAUCCCCUCGUAACAGAGCCGUGUUUCUGGCUUUCGGACUCGGCGUGGGUCUCAUCGAGCAACAGCUUGAGGAUGACAGAAAGAGUGCAGCAACGUGUCAGGAGAUCCAGGCCGUAUUUAGUAAGAGAAAAUUCCAGACUCCACUCAAACCGUUCACCUCUGGAUAUAAACUGGAAGAUUACAUUAUUGGGAACCAGAUAGGGAAAGGCUCCAAUGCGGCUGUGUACGAGGCCGCGGCUCAGUUUGCCCCCCCAAAGGAUGCCGACAGCCCCGCGGUACAGAUGAGAGAAGAUGAAGAGGAGAGUCAGAGGACUCCAUCGCUGACAUGCUGCUCACUGAGAAACUUCCCCAUGGCCAUCAAGAUGAUGUGGAACUUUGGGGCGGGGUCAUCAAGUGAGGCAAUAUUGAAAUCCAUGUCACAGGAGCUUGUGCCUGCAGGCCCUCUAGCAUUAAAGAAGGAAACCGAACAAGUUACUCUGGAUGGACAUUUUGGAGUUGUGCCCAGACGGGUGUCGGCUCACCCCAAUGUGAUUCGGGUGUACCGGGCUUUCACAGCAGACGUCCCCUUGCUACCAGGAGCCCAGGAAGAGUAUCCAGAUGUUCUCCCAGCCAGGCUCAACCCGGAAGGCCUGGGCAACAACCGCACGCUUUUCCUUGUUAUGAAAAAUUAUCCCUGCACACUUCGACAGUACCUUGAGGUGUCGGCACCGAACCGCAAGCAGGGCUCCCUGAUGGUGCUGCAGCUCCUCGAGGGAGUCGAUCAUCUGUGCAGGCAGGGUGUCGCUCACAGGGAUCUCAAAUCAGACAACGUGCUGUUGGAGUUUGACUCUGAUGGUUGCCCUCGUUUAGUGAUCACUGACUUUGGCUGCUGCCUGGCCCAGAGUGACUCCAGUUUACAGCUGCCCUUCAACAGUGUGUGGGUCAGCCGAGGGGGAAAUGCCUCCCUUAUGGCUCCUGAGGUGGCCACUGCAGUUCCAGGAUCUGGUGUGGUGAUCGACUACAGCAAGGCCGACGCCUGGGCGGUGGGGGCCAUUUCCUACGAGAUAUUCGGACAGCAGAACCCAUUCUACCGUAAAGUGGGACUCGAGAGCAGGAACUAUCAGGAGAAGCAGCUCCCUCGUCUCCCGUCCAGUGUUCCAGCUGAUGUGCAGUUAGUGGUUCGAUUACUCCUCAGGAGGAACCCCAGCAAGCGCCCCAGUGCUCGAGUGGCUGCCAACAUGCUACAUCUCAGCCUCUGGGGUCGCAGAGCUCUGGCCAACCAGGACAGCGCUGGCAUGAAGAAGCUUGCUGAUUGGUUGCUGUGCCAGUCCGCUCUGGUUCUCCUGAAGGGCUGCAGUGGGCCCAGGGGGAACCGGGUGGAGGCGGAGCUUCAGAGGAGCUUCCUGGCCAAUCUGGACCUGGAGGACCUGCGCACCGCUGUAGGUUUCCUCCUGUAUGGGAGGGAGCAGCGCCAAGCCUGCGUGCUGUCUGUCUAAAUUCACCCAAACACAUGAGUUUAAAGGGAUUACUUUGGAGCUUCAGGUUUAAACGUCAAAUACAGUUUAUCUGUAGUUUGUUUAAUCCUAAUAGUAACAUCUAAUUGCUGUGUAGUGAAGCAAAAGUGUCACACUUCUACGCUGUAAUGCACCUUUGACUGCUACUUUGUACUUUAUAUGACCCAAGUAGAUCAAAUUGCCUUCAUGAGGUAUUUUAAGGUGUAAGAUAUUUACUCACUCAAGGUAUUUACUCACCGUCUACUUUAUCAAACCCAUGUUGUCUGCAUUUCUCUGAAUGUGUUUUACUGAAGGGUCAAGAUAACAACAGGAGUUCAAACAAAAUUCUUUCUUCUAAAAUUUUGAUGUGCACUGCAGACAACGACAGAUUUUCCUAUAACUGUGGAUAACUAGUUCUGCUCAAUGAAAGCCAAUAUUUCAAACACUAGUAUAUUGUAUUGGAUUAACUCCACUGUGCAGAGUGGUAAAGCUUUACAAUUCAUUGAAAUAGCAGGUUAAACAGAUUAAAGCUGGUGAUUAUGAGGUGGGAUGUGGCAAUUAAAUUUAUAUGGAUUUAUGAUGCAGAGUAUUGAAUGAAAAUGAAGGUUGGGAUGUUUUUCUUGUUUGCACUUUAUGUCCACGUUGGCACUUUUUCUGAGCCACUAUAUGGCUUGCUGUGUUUGUCGUCAUAUGUGACAUCUAUCAUACUACUUGUAAUAUAUGGGUUUUAAGUCUGUUGCUUCAUCAUAGUUUGCCGAUAAAACUAGUCAAAUAAAUCUACCACUUCCAUCUUUAUAAGCAGUGACGUCAGUUGGGGACACGAGACUAGGUGCGGUGUGUGUUUGUAAUGUGUACAUAUGAUACUAGAGAUUGAAAUAUUUUGGUUAUAUGCAGGAAUUUAUGCAGUGUUUCACAAUAAAAGUGAAGACCGACAGA